AUGAUCGGCAAAAGCUAUGUCGACAUCCUCAACUUCUUGCAGUACGAGUUCACUUUCCCCGAGACUGAGGAGACCUGGAAGAAGCGCCAGGAUCUCUUGAUCUCACUCUCUGAACUCCUCGAAACUCGCAAAGAAGACAGUGUUCUUCCAAAGGACUUUGUCGAGAAAGUCAAAGUCAUUCUACCAGACAUCGUCGGAGCUGCCUCCUCUGAGCGUACCACUCUAUCCUCCCAGGGCUGCCGUGCUCUUCAAAACAUCACAAGGCAGCUUGAGACACAAAUACAGCCACAACUUGACAUCCUGCUCCCUGCGCUGAUCACCCUCUGCGGCUCGACAAAGAACGUCAAUCAAAAGAACGCCAGUGAAACAGUCAUCCUCAUCUGCAAGCAUGCUGGAUACAGUCAUCGUCUUUUCUACCAUAUCUGCUCCGCAUUCAAAGACCGACGUAAUCCCCCACGUAUCUUUGCACCAGUAUGGCUACGAAGCCUCCUCCAAACAUAUCGCAAUCAGAUGGAUCGUAACAAAGACGGUGAACUAGCACAGAAGGCCAUUUAUGAAGGUCUCAGAGAUGGACAAGUCAAGGUCCGAGAAAACUCUCGCGCAGUCUACUGGGAGUUCGCAACUUACGAUGUCGCCGGCGCUCGCAUGAUUAUGGGUAGUCUCAAUUCUCAUGCUCAAGCUGCACUCCGCGAUGACCCUCACAAUCCAGACCGGUCUUCUGCGAAAGCAGCAAAAACCCCAAGACCAGGCUCAGCGCUUGCUUCCAUCAAAGCACAAUCGAAGCAGCAGUUGCAACAACAUCGUGGCAACACUCCGGCGUCAGUCAAGUCUACCGACUUGGCCUUUGGCCCUAUGGAAGACGUCCAUUCCGCUCCUACGUCAAAGAAUGCUGCCGAGCAUGGUCGAGACAAACAAGACCGACAAGUCCAAUCUUCAACUCAUCAAAGCGAACAAGCCGCAGGCUCACGUCACGGCUCUCGCCCUACAUCGCAAAAAUCCAGCAAGGACUCCAAACUUGAGACGACGAAAGAGCCCAGGACUUCAAGCCCACAAGUCGAGGCACGUCCACUGAUGUCGGCACCAGUCCGAAGAGGCCGCAUCAUAGCCACACCAAUCGCUCCCAUGAUGCCUUCGCAGCGUCCUUGCUCCCGCGGUGAAUCUUGCAAAAAGCCGCAUGAGACCAAAGAUAAGCCUGCUGCAGAGAAACCAUCUGGUCGACAAACGCCAGUCACUCAACACGGCAAAGAGAACAUGUCGUCAACCACAAGUCAUCAUCGCAAGACCACAAGUCGCCAUGAAACUAUCAAGACUGAAGAGAAGGAGCUCGUUGCUACAACCAAUCUACAAUACGGCAAGAAGACUGGUCGACAGACACCGGUCAUUACUGAAGACAAGGAGCCAUCUGUUCCCCCAACACCCGAACCUCUUAAGAAAGAGUACCAUCCUGUCCCAGCUUUUGUCGAGGACAAGGCCAUGUCGGCUCCUGGAGCCUACAAAGACAUUCUCAAAGAAGAUGUCGCAGAUGCGGAAUUGCUACAGCAGACAGCUCUUCCACCAAGCCUACCACUUCGUUCGGUUCAGGCAUUCGCACCCGAAAAUCAAUUCGCACCGCCACCGGAACGUCCUGUUGAUAGAAGCACAAGCCCUCAACAUAUUCCUGACGGCAAGGAGAACACGGAUCAACCUUGGCGCCAAAAACAUUCUCCAAACCGGUCUCCAAUGCGGGCUCCAAAACGAACGCCUCAGCGACGCAACAGCAUCGCGUCUGCGAAGAAACACCUUGCCACAGCCAUCGAACUCCUCCGUCAUGGGACUCUUGACGCCUUGGGUUAUCGCAGGCUUAGAAUGCUUUUCGAGACCUAUCCACAAGUCUUGAUUACCCGCCAAGAACAAUUUAACGAACUGUUCGAACUGCUCGUCGCCAACCUUUCAUCGUUCGACGAGAUCAGCCAGCCCAGAGAAAAACGAGUUGGCAACCUCAAUCAUCCCGCCUACAACAGACAUACUAUUGUUAUGAUGUUAUCCGAUCUCUUCCAGCAAUACCCUCAGUGGCCAGAGCCUCAACCUGGUAUGACAUUGGCCGCUCUUAUCAUUGCAAGGUGCAACCACACGUCAAGUUAUGCUUCAGCAGUGUCAGCUAUCGAGGAAGCCGCAAUGAUUCUGUCAAAUUCAACUCAAAACCCUCUUGCCACGAUUGACGUUGUCCUCGAUACCAUGGAAGAGGUUGAACGUAUUAUUAUCACCAAUGAUCCUAUCAUUACCCCUAGAUCAACCACAACUCAACUAUACAACAGUCUUCAAAGCGUUGCGACAGAUUUUGGCCCUGAAAAGCCUCGCUUUGCAGUCCGACUGCCUAUCAUUAUGGCCUUUGGCAUCAACAUCCUUAUUAUCCUGCUGUCGCGUGUCACUCUACAUGGCCAGACCCUCUUUACCAUUCAAGAAGAUCGUUUGGCAUCAUACGCAGAACAUCUUCUUACGACAUACACCUCUGUCCUCAGACGAUACAUCAUGAACUUUUGUACAGCACUACACGCUGUCAUCAAACCAGAGAAAAGAUUCUACAAUUACUUUAGUAAAGAAACAGACAAGAAUCUCAUCCACUAUUACGUGGCAGGAGCAUCAGGCCCAGUCUACGGAAUUGUCGUGCCAGGAACAGACUCGGACUUUGACUCUGGGGAGCCAGGGCCCACCUACAAUUCCAUCUCGGACGUACAUGGAGUUCUUCAUCAACAUAUGGGAAACAUGCAGAAGCAUGUUGUUGGAAAUAGGAAAUCUGAGGAUUCGGGCAACAUUAUCAUUUUGGGGCUCACUGAAGACGAUUGA